AUCGACUUGGCCAAAAUUCGCGCAGAACAGUUUGGGAGUUGCGCUUCGAAAUCGCAGACCUGCCCGACAUGACGGACGCAGCAGCUCAGAUGCCGCAGUUCAAGCUUGUGCUCGUCGGCGACGGAGGCACGGGCAAGACGACAUUUGUCAAGCGUCACUUGACGGGAGAAUUUGAAAAGAAAUACAUUGCUACGCUCGGCGUCGAAGUCCACCCGCUGCAGUUUCACACCAACUUUGGACCGAUCUGCUUCAACGUCUGGGACACUGCAGGCCAGGAGAAGUUUGGCGGUCUCCGAGAUGGCUACUACAUCCAGGGACAAUGUGGCAUCAUCAUGUUCGAUGUGACGGCCAAGAUCACAUACAAGUCCGUUCCCAACUGGCAUCGCGACCUAGAACGCGUCUGCGAGAAUAUUCCGAUUGUCCUCUGUGGCAACAAGGUCGAUGUCAAGGAGCGCAAGGUCAAGACGGGCGCAGUGACGUUCCACCGCAAGAAGAACCUACAAUACUUCGAAAUCUCAGCAAAGUCCAACUACAAUUUCGAAAAGCCCUUCCUGUGGCUAGCUCGCAAGCUUGCAGGCAAUGCGCAACUAGAGUUCACAGCAGCGCCGGCGCUUGCACCGCCAGAGGUCCAGGUGGACGCCAACUUGAUGGCUCAGUACCAGCAAGAGCUCAACAAUGCCGCUGCGGCUCCUUUGCCCGACGAAGAUGAUGCAGACUUGUAGGCGUCCGAGUGCACGCUAUUCCAUGUUUACUCCUUCGCACUCGCACACCUGAUCUCGCCCGGCUAUGACUG